UCAAUUUUGAGUCAUGGGAGUUUCUUCACUACCUUCUCUUGUUUCCCUCUCUUUGAAAGAUCUUCUUCAGGGAAACGAAGAAAAGCGAACUUCAUCACAUGGGUGUUUGUGGAGCAAAGUCUUGGCAGCACAAGCCAAGAAGCAAAAGCUCACAAAGAGAAGGAUUUUGAUGAAGAGGAGGGGUGGUUCUAGAAGAGGAUCCAAUGGGAUUCAGAGACGUGUGAGGACUUUGAAGAGGCUUAUACCCAAUAGUGACUCCAUGGAGUUAGAUGGACUCUUCAGAGAAACAGCUAAUUACAUUUUGUCUUUGCAAACAAGAGUGAGGGUCAUGCAGGUUAUGGUUAAGGUAUUGACAGGGUCUGAUGAGUGAUUUAUUCCAUUGUAAAGACUAAUUCAAAUU